CUUGAAUCUCAACUUCACUUCAUCACGACCACGUGCACUUCACUCAACGCCUCCAUGUGGCCUCGCCGCCUUGCCCGCAUCAGACUCGAGUCACGUUUCGUGCCAGAGACAUUCCGAACGCGGAGACGCGCCACGAGGGUCUAUCCCAGCCGCACGCAGUCAGCACUCGCUGCCUAGCCGGGCGCAUCAACGAACAGCUACCGCUGGAUAACUCAACGCCGCCGCGUCGACGCUGACCGUGUGAUCACGAUCACAUCUCUCUGCAGGCCCAUUCGCCGUUGCCCUCUGCUAGGGAAAAAAAAAAGGUGUUGCCUUCGCCAUGGGACGGCACCGUCACACGCAGCAGAGUAACGCUUCUCAGGAUGGCGCGGCAGUCAAGGGAUGUUGAGAUCCUCGUUCACGCAGCGGCGCCGAGCAGGACCGCAGACGACAACACCUAUCGCCGCCUCGCACAGGCAUAUCUCUCCUUCUCGGCGGACCGUCGCGCCCGGGUAGCUGGCAUAGAGGCGAGGGAGGAGGCCGAGAGAAGCAGUCCGGCCGCGGCGGCAGAGCCCCCGCCGUCGUUUCAACCUCCCGCGGCACUGCCGUCGUCGCCUCAAGCGUAUGCAACCGCGCCCCCCGAGCCGGUGCCGGUCUUUGGCCCCGAUUCUCAGGACCUCAGCUUUCAAAGCGCGUGGGACAACCGCUCCUCGCCAUGUCUCCCGCCCGCGGGCCCCAAUUCGCCUCGCUCGUCGCCACCGACGUCGCAGGUGAACCGCGAGGCGGUGCCAGCGCUGUCGUCCUUUUGCGCCCCGCCGAGUCAAAUCAGCGAUUCUUACCCGCUGCCUGAUCCCUCUAUCCUGCAGGACACGCCGACGAGGAUCCUCCAGCGGUUUCUCAACCGACCUCGAGCGUCUACUGAUACGUCCACCUCGCCUUCGCCGUCUAAAAAACGCCAAUGGCGCAGAGACGAAGCCACGGACAAGGACGAGAUCAUCGAUGUUCCGUCCUCUUUCCCUGCUCCUACCCAAGAAGAUGUGGAUCCCAACACGUCUCUUGCGUCCCUCGGCGAGCCCAAGGUCAUUCCGGUGACGCCCCUCGCGCCACAUGAGCCUCCAGGACACCGGAAACGAAAGCCCGACUUCGGCGAAGAGGAGCCAUCCGUGAUUGAUGUUACCCACAUAUCCAGCAGUGGGGUGAGCAACCCGCCAACGUCUUCACCGCAUCGCGCCGGGUCAGAACCGUUGCCGUCUAAAAAGCCCCUACCACCGCUCGCUGGAAUCGACGCGCUUUCCCUCCUGCGCAGCUCCAGCGACACGGGCCGCCUGCGCUCGUCCAGUCUCGCAGCGGCCGGUGAGGUUGCGAGCACGCUGGAGAUCAGACCUCCCUCACCACCCGUUGGGGUCGCUCACGUCAGGCCCCAGGACCUCAUCACCGAAAGGCUGGCCAAGCUGGCCCUUGACCUGUCGUCGCGCUACCAUCCCGUGGAGUUGCGGCCCAUAGAGCCGCUCGAGCGCGGCUACUGGCUCCUCGACUGCUCGGGAUGGAGCUCCGAGAGGCGACUCGAGGCUUGGGUCUUCCUCACCAACUACCUCCACAAGGGCCUUGCGGGCUGGGGCGUGUGGUGCCGCCGCGACGCCGACUACCGCUCGAUCCGCCUGUAUUGCUGGGGCUGCGUCGCCAAGCACACAUAUCUCCUGAUGUACCUGGCGAGUGCGCGGCAGAUCAAGACGACGGGGGCAAGGUGGAUCGGCAGCGACGGUGAGAUGGCACUGGACGUGCCACCACGAGAUCGACGGUCGUGACAUGACCUGUUUUUGCCCCCCUUCUUUACAACCAGAUCUCGCCAAGAUAGUAUGGGGCGUGUAUGUAUGUGCAUUAUCCUAUAGCGCAUACUUUCCUCCGCCUGUUGAGCCCGCCCCGCAAGUCUCUUCUAUCCCCAUGGGAAAGAACUUCACUGCUGUACGUUGUAGGACGGGGUCAUCGCGAACGGACCGACAAUAUCGCUACCAAGUACAACUCUGAUGUCUGUGCUGCUGGUAGUACGUAGUGGUCUCGAGCAUUGUUCAGUUGCACCGCUGUUCGGAAAGAACUGGCAGCAAGGCGCUCGUCCACUAUGUAUAUAUAUGUCUUGGUUGGUCCACACACUGCUCGCCCGCCCACACCAUCAUGUUCAACACAAUCGGGAGGAGGAGCCGUCGUUCAGGGUCACUACACGCGUCCGCGCGAGCCGUUAGACCUUUGAAACGACGAAGUCGGCCGCAGAACCAGCGUCGAGCGCAUAUGUCAGAUGCUGCGGCGUAACAAUAGGGCCGUUGUCGCAGAUAUUGUCUCCGUCGUGGCAAAUUACGCGCACUUUAGACGCAUCUAUGUUAUCUACAGCCCGUUUCGAAUACGGGUCGCCGAAAAUGACCACGGCGCUGACCCUAGACAUGACGCUCGCAUCGAGGCUCGUCGCGGCGCCGUGCACCACCAUCCCGCCCUGCGAGUACCCGCCGAGUACAAUCCUUGUGCUGGGACACUUGGUCGCGACGUCUCGGAUGGCUUGUCCGCUAUCGAUUCUGCUGUUAGCCAUAUCGCCCAAGGGCUUUUUUGCUUAUCGAGCUUUUAUGGUGCUUACAAGCUCUUGCCGUUGGCUAGGGACCCCGUGAGGUAUCCGUCGACGCUCGCAGGAUACGCGAAACCUUUUACUCCAAGCGAGCGACCGUGUUCGUGCAGUUUCUUCUCGAGGGCCUUGGAGAAGAAGGGCCCCGCAAGAACGCCCAUAUCGCCGACUUCGCAGGUUCCUCGGGCAAACAUGAGCGUGACGUCGCCGCAGGCAUCGUUUCUCAUAGCCGAGAUCCCAGGUUUCAUGGCUAGGACGAGCUCGCCGGCCAUAAGGACACUACAAACGUGCUCGACG